CUUCCCCGCUGCCGCAGGAGGCCCCUCCCGGCCGAGGCGGAGCCGCGCAAGGCUCGCAGCCGCCGCUGCCGGAACAGCCGCCGCCCGAGCCGGGGCCAUGGAGGAUUUUCACCCCCUCAACGACGAGAUGAUUUUCAAUGCUGAUGAGGCCCACAACAUAGUUAAAGAGUGCAUAGAAAGCGUUCUAGGCAAGGCAGAUUAUAAUCACAACAAAGUCAACCAGUGGACUGCUGCUAUAGUAGAACAGUCACUGACACAUCUGGUAAAACUUGGAAAAACAUAUAAGUACAUUGUAACCUGUGCAGUGAUGCAGAGGAGUGGAGCUGGUCUUCACACAGCAAACUCAUGCUUCUGGGAUACCACAACUGAUGGAACCUGUACGGUGAGAUGGGAAAACCGAACAAUGAACUGCAUUGUCAAUGUGUUUGCUGUUGCUAUUCUCCUGUAGCUGACUGGAAGACAAAUAUAAGCAACACCAAAGCCUUUAAAAACAAAUAACUGUCCAAAUACAUGGCUAAAUAUUUCAAACCUUUUUUUGUUUUUGUAUGAGUAGCAUACAAAAGUUAUAUACAGUGAGCAUACAGUCUAAGCCAGUUCUCAUAGAUUAAUUAUCUGAAGGCUAGCAAAAAAAUUAAAUAUAUAUAUAUAUAUAUAUCAAUCUAAAGAGAAAAUUCUAAUAAUUUAAAUAUUGAAAAGUAUGUUAAUAAAAAGAUGUCACAAAGAUCAACACAAUUUAUAUCAAAGCUAAUUGCAAAGACACUUUAUUCCAGAUGAACAAAACACAAUGGAAAGGUCAAAGGGCAAGCAAGACCCCUCAGGAUUAUGGUGCAUUUGGGAACAAAUUAAAUACACAAUUCCAAAUGUAUGUACUGCCAACAGUACUGGUGCUUCAUGUUCAGUUAAACAAAGCUAACUGUCACACAUUGAGUGCCAGUGCUUGUGAAAUUGCAUGAGCACAUUUUGGUCAAGCAUGAACAUUUACAUUGAAAUUAAAUCCAGUUAAGCUUUUCCUCUGGAGGCAGUGGAUGAAGGUAAAAUAUAUCUAGUCCUAGCAGAAUUCUAAUUUUUAGUCAGAUUGAAGAACGUAAUAUUUGUUAUUGAUUCAGGGAAACAUGCUGGGGAUCAGAUGUCAGCCCUUAAUUCAUAGUUUACAAAUCUGAAACCAUUUGAAAGGUACUUCAAUUUGUUUUUUUCUGCAGAAUUUGUGACAAGCACUUUAUUGAUUCCUCAUGCAGUAGCGGGGAGCUAGGGCAGUAAAACUGGACUCUUGUGACUCCCAAGCAGAAUUGAAGUGUUUAUAGAGAAGGCACAUGCAUUUCUAGAGGCUCUUGUUGGCUUAAAGCAACAUAUCUGUUCUUCAUAGGAGUGUUUUCUAUGUUUUCUAAGUCUAGAAUUGGAUCUUAGUCCUAUGAAUUAAUACAGUUAAGUUUCAAGCACGUAGAAUUCCCUUCCUGUAAAGAUUUAUGCAAGCUCUUAACUUUCCUCGUUUGAUGAGUCUUAACUUGAAAUAAUCCACGUGAAAGAAAAACAUUUGCACACAAGUAUUUGUUGGAUUAGAGACAACAUUUUUAUUGACUAAUGCACAAAUUAUAUGAUAAAGAGAUGUAUCAAUACCAAAAAUGCCUGAAUGAUUGCUGCCACUAAGUGGCAGCUACAUUAAGUUGUUUUCUCAGAUGCUGCUUAAGGAUAGAUUUUUGUCUUUAUUACUGCACAUUGUUGGAAGAGACUGGUAACUAUCUAACAGCUAUCUUAAGGCUGGUUUGGGUUUUAACAAAUUACAAUUAAAGCACUAUUAUGCAGUUUUGUUUAUUUUUCUUUUAAUUUUUAGACAACUGACUAUCGGGGCACAUAGCAAGUGUCCCAUAAAAGGAACAAGCUAAAAACAAUGUCAUUGCUUAAAUUGUAUAUACAUACAGCUAGUGUGAGAAUACAGAAGGAACAAUGUAUGUGUAGUUCGCAGUGCUAUUCAUAAUCUCUUGCUUUGCAGACAAACAGUUUUGCUUUUACACAAGUGCAAGUAAAAUUAGUACUGUAAUAUUGCAUUUGCCUAACAGGCAAGUGUAGUGUGAAGAUGAUGUGUGUUUAUGUCGUACUGAACUUCAAAUGUAUAGUAAUUGAAUAUUAUUUGGGUCAGGACAAUUUCUGACCUAGGUGUCAGCAUCUGAGAGAUGAGUUUUGGAACCAAGAAAAACGCAGUAGUUUCACUGAUGCACAAAGUGGAAAAACAAGUAGGGUAGCAACUGGAAAAAGGUUUGUUAUCAGUGGUAGAGUGUAAGAUGAGGAUGAUUAAAAAUAGUGAUGGCUGCACCCCCUUUUAUGUGCAUUCUGGUGCCAUGGUCAGAAGAAAGAUUCUAAAUAGCCAUUUGUGAUCUCAUUUGGUGUUUUUGCUUUACUUGAAAACAAGUUGCACUGAGUAAGACUGUCAAUUUAAUGAGGCUUGGUGAAGGUUCUGCUGCAGAACAAACUCAGAAAAUACUUCUUAAUUAUGACUGCUUCAUUUUUCUUUCUACCAAAAAAAA